AUGAAUUUAUGUACAGCAUUCGUUCAGUUCAUGGACGACAGAACGUCACAAGAGGCGGGAGAUAAGCUUUACACCAAAGUUCAAAAACUCCACCAACUGUUGGUUACAGCUCCCAAUGCCUUACCACGGAGCCAUCGGAAGUUCAAGGUGCGCAUGACUAAUAUCAGCGUCAAAGGCCUCACUGUAAAGUUAAAGGACUGA